GGGGAGGGGGCUGGUGGGAGCUCUGGUUUUCAUUUUCAUAUCAUUAAUGCUUCCCUAAAGGGACGAGGGAGCUGGAUUAGUGGUUCCAAUGCUCAUUCCCCAUUUUUGAUUAUUGCAAAACAGAACUUAUUAAACUUUGCAUUGUGGUUAUUUGUGUCUACCUCCCACUGCAAGUUCCUUGAGGGCAGAGGCCAGGUUAGAAGCACUGCUGUAUUUUUAGAGCCCUGCAAGGGUAGUUAAGGAGGUUCCCAGUUCUCAUUGGUUGAAUGAUCUGGGAAACACAUUGUAGCCAAAUAUUUCAAACAGCUCUCAAAGGCUGGUAGUGGGCUGGCAGAGUUGGGCGCAGGCCGUUGCUCACCGUAGCAGUUUAGUAGGCAAAGGUUGUGAUGAAGUGGAGUCAGGAUGCUGCUCUACCUCCUGCAAAAGGUCGCAAGCGAAGCCAGAGAGAAGACCCGGAAGUAGGGAGGAUCUCUCAUCACGUGAUGGGGGAACCUGCGUGUGUCGUCACAUGACAGCAGACCGGCUGCUACCUGGCGCGGAACGCUCAGCGAUUCUUAAAGACUCGCCUCCGCCCCGUUGGAGCCAACUUUGAACAUUCUGUGGCUUUGGAUCCAACGGGGGCUCGAUGCCAUGGGAUGCUGUGCAGGCUCGCGGCGGCACCUUUCGGAUUCUGAGGGGGAGGAGGCUGGCCCAGAGUCCCGAGCCCCUCUGUUGGAGCAUCAGGGUGCUGAGUGGAAGAACGCUGUGGGCUUCUGGAUCCUGGGCCUUUGCAACAACUUCUCUUAUGUGGUGAUGCUCAGUGCUGCCCAUGACAUUCUUAGACAUGAGAAGGCAUCUGGAAAUCAAAGCCAUGUGGACCCAGAUCCAACAGCUACCCCUCACAAUAGCUCAUCUCGAUUUGACUGCAACUCUGUCUCCACAGCUGCGGUGCUCCUGGCAGACAUCCUCCCCACCCUUGUCAUCAAAUUGCUGGCUCCUCUGGGUCUUCAUCUGCUGCCCUACAGCCCUCGGGUUCUCGUCAGUGGCAUUUGCUCAGCUGGAAGCUUCAUCCUGGUUGCCUUUUCCCACUCGGUGGGAACCAGCCUGUGUGGUGUGGUCCUGGCCAGCAUCUCAUCAGGUCUCGGGGAGGUCACCUUCCUCUCACUCACUGCCUUCUACCCCAGAGCUGUGAUCUCCUGGUGGUCCUCGGGCACUGGGGGAGCAGGGCUGCUAGGAGCACUGUCCUAUCUGGGCCUCACCCAGGCUGGCCUCUCCCCUCAGCACACCCUCUUGUCCAUGCUGGGGAUCCCUGGUCUGCUGCUGGCCAGCUAUUUCUUGUUGCUCACAUCUCCCAAGCCUCAGGACCCUGGUGAGGAGGACGAGGCAGAGACCGCAGCUCGGCAGCCCCUCAUAGGCACAGAGGCCCCAGAGCCAAAGCCAGGCACCAGCUGGAACCUCUCCCUGCAGGAAAGGUGGACAGUGUUCAAGGGCCUGCUGUGCCACAUCAUCCCCUUGGUGCUGGUCUACUUCGCCGAGUACUUCAUCAACCAGGGACUUUUUGAGCUCUUGUUUUUCCGGAACACAUCCCUGAGUCAUGCUCAGCAGUACCGCUGGUACCAGAUGCUGUACCAGGCUGGCGUGUUUGUCUCUCGCUCUUCCCUCCGCUGCUGUCACAUCCGCUUCACGUGGGUCCUGGCCCUGUUGCAGUGUUUCAAUCUGGCCUUCCUGCUGGUGGAUGUGUUACUGGGCUUCCUGCCGAGUAUAUACUUCAUCUUCCUGAUCAUUCUGUAUGAGGGGCUCCUGGGGGGUGCAGCCUACGUGAACACCUUCCACAACAUUGCACUUGAGACCAGCGAUGAGCACCGGGAAUUUGCUAUGGCAGCCACUUGUAUCUCUGACACUCUGGGGAUCUCCCUGUCGGGGGUCGUGGCCUUACCUCUGCAUGACUUCCUGUGUCACCUCCCCUGACAUCGACACAGCUAUUCGGGGUGCAGAACACACUGACCUUCAGGCAAGAGCAGGUCAGACUCCCAGGCCGCCCCAGAGCCCACCCUUGCACUCUGCUCUGGGCCUUCCCUGCCAGGCAGGGUGGGAAGUACAGGGGCCUCAUUCCCUUGAACAUGGGGCACCCUGUGUUUCUCUCACUUCCAAGCUGGUCUUGGGGAGUUUCCUCUUGCAUUUUGCUCUCUCAAUAAAUAUUUUUUAUCACUUGA